AUGUUAGACGUCCAGCCGGAAGGUAGCAGCUAUAAUGUAGAAAGCUCUGUCUUUGUGUUCUGGUUCUAUCUAAGGCAGCAAGCAGAGAACCCAUUCACAACAUCCAAGGAACCUCAACGCACAGACCAACCUGCUGGUUUCGCACUGCAGAUGCCAAAGAUCGACAUUUUGUCCGUGGCGAACCCAAUGCGACCUCAAGUCAAGAAAGAGUCCUCCAUUCCGACCGUACCUCCACCUCCACCACCAGCGCCGCCAGAGCCUAAAACCCCCCAUGCACAGCACCAAGGAGAAGCAGGAGAGUCCACCAGCAUGUACCAGGUCGGUACUGCAGCGGAGGUGGCAAGGGCAAGUCUAGAUGGCAGCUCGGACGAUCCAGCAACACUGCUAGCGGCGAUGCAGCAAUUGGCGCAGGAGAGAUUGGAAAUCUGUCAAGAGAUGAAGGAAAUUAACACGCAGCUCGGGGACCAGGUUCGGAAGCUCGGGACGAUGCAUGAGGAGCUCAUGGAGGAACAGGGGAGAUGUGUCGGCAGAGGGGCCGGAGCGUUCGUUGGGGGAAUGAUAGUUGGCAUGGCGUUGUUCUUGGUGGUUGAGAGGUGGAUGGGUUGCUCGAGUAAGUGA